GAAUACGCCGAUGCGGGGCCGGUCACACGGCGUUAUCUCCUGCGGAAGAGCAAGACCAAUGCGACGCUGAAACUGAUGAUCGAGCUUGAGUACGUUGGUGGUGUGAAGCACUACCGGCCGCCACCACUGCGUAAAGGUGAGAUUAUGGCGUCGGUGACAGGCCUACUCUCGAACAACGACCUACUCCGAACAAGCAUUGCGCGUGAGCUUGACGAGUACACGCACGACAUGCACCCGCACGAGCAUGCAUUCAUGCACAGCGACGGCAGCGUAGACGGUGACGCGUUAGCGACAUACGCCGGCCUACGCUCGACGGAAGACCUCAUCGAGACCCUCUUCAAUCCGCUUCCCACCGCCGCAUCGACGUCAUCUCCGUUCACGUACUACGCGCCGUUGCCGCCCGCGCAGGCGGAGCAGCGCGACGACGCGUCAAGCGACUCGCUCUCGCUUACGCAGGCAUCAGUGCGGAGCGACAGCACCGGUGCCGUAAGCAUUGAGAAGCUGCCAGUGGAGAGCUUGCCCGAUCUGACUGCUCUCGAGACGGGCCGUGUGCCGAGCGAGGGGCAGCGGACGUGGUGGCGGAAGAUCCGGAGUCGUCCCAAUACCCCCGCACAGCGACAAUUUAAGUUGCCCGUGCAAGAGGCUGAGGUUGCGCGCGCGUAG